AUGGUCCGUGCCAUGGAGGAUAUCUUAGCCGAAGUGUCGUUGGAGACGGAUUCUAUAUCCGUCUCCUAUUUGCAGCUUUAUAUGGAGACUGUACAAGCCCUUCUUGAUCCGGCUAACGAUAACAUUGCCAUAGUUGAGGAUCCGAAAAGUGCAGAUGUGUCUCUUCCAGGUGUCACAUUGGUCGAGAUUAGGGAUCAGCAGAGCUUCUUGGAGCUGCUGCAACUUGGAGAAGCGCACCGUUUUGCUGCUAACAUCAAGUUGAACACCGAGUCAUCCCGUAGUCAUGCUAUCUUAAUGGUGAAUGUGAGGCGGUCGAGAUGGUUUGUCAAGUGA